UUAGAUUCGAAGCAGCAGGAGAUCUUUCUCUCUCCCACACAGAAGAAGUGCCUCGAACAAUAUUCGAGAAUAUCAGUUUUUUUUCUCAACACUACCAGAGUUUCAACGUUAUCUUUCAAAUCGAGUUUGUGUCCGAGCCAGUAAACAUCGUGUUGCGGUGGAUUUUUUCUUGGAGAUUACCAAUCAAUCCGGAAGAACGGCGUAGAGGGGAAAGAUAAUAAUUGAUUAAAUAGGUGUUUUCUGCAGUUAUAUCUUGCCAUUUUACGGUGCACUCGUUUGCGAAAAAUUGGUUCUCGGUGCUCAGUUCCCGUGUGUGUACCAGCCCAUCAUUGGUCCGAGGUUGUUUUCUCGCUGUUCCGCGCAGUGAAUCAGGAGGAGAAAGAAAAAAAAUCAAUUACAUCAGAUUAGUGCGAAAAAUUUCCAGCUAUUUUGCUGUUACCAGAGACGAAGAAAAAGUAGUGAAAGAUCGUGAGGUUUGCAAAAGUGAUCCGUUUCAGUCAAAGUAGUUUUGUUGGCUCGCAAAUAUUAGCCACAAUUUGAAUUAUCUAAGUUCACCGUGCUAAAAAGUUUGGAUUCAAAAACUGUGACUAGAUUGCCGUAAAACAUCCUCGAAGCAGCAAAAGCAACAAUCGAUGUAGAAGAAUUCGGUUAUCAAGGAAUGCCUUACGCACAUAAACAAAUCAGCCACUGGUUAGCAUGUGUUUGAUUGCAGCGUAAUACCGACGAAUAGAGUGAAGCAAAAAUCCUAAAAGUAGGAACGAAAAGGUUAUUCGAUUGUGCUGUGAUAUUGGCAAAUAUACAAUCCUCCAAGAAGAAGUUACUUCUAGCAAGUUCAAACGGGAGCAAACAUACAAAAAGUUGUGCAAACGAAAGAGUGCCGUGAAAUGCUCAUCGUCGUCGUUACCACAGGCAGUGAUUUGUAGGUUAAUAGUUGAACAGGCCAUUGUGAAUCCGUCGUACCAGUGGACAAGCUUCAAGUGACAGCGAAGUUGCUAGCAUUAGAAUUCGUCAAUACGACUGAGUGAAUAAUAAAACAGCUUCAAAAUUAGUUCCAGCAUGGCGUUCGCUGGUCUGAAGAAGCAGAUCAACAAAGCGAAUCAGUAUGUCACAGAAAAAAUGGGCGGUGCGGAAGGCACCAAAUUGGAUCUGGACUUCAUGGACAUGGAAAGAAAAACAGACGUCACGGUAGAGCUCGUUGAAGAGUUGCAAGCGAAAACGAAAGAAUACUUGCAACCGAAUCCGACGGCCCGAGCGAAGAUGGCAGCGGUCAAAGGUAUUUCUAAAUUAUCAGGUCAAGCUAAAAGUAAUACUUAUCCACAACCAGAAGGUAUAUUGGCCGAAUGUAUGCUGACCUACGGUAAAAAGCUCGGCGAUGACAGUGUCUUCGCAAAUGCCCUCGUUGAGAUGGGCGACUCGCUCAAGCAGAUGGCCGAUGUGAAGUAUUCGCUGGAUGAUAACAUCAAGCAAAAUUUCCUCGAGCCACUGCAUCAGCUGCAGACUAAGGAUCUAAAGGAGGUUAUGCAUCACCGCAAAAAACUUCAAGGACGGCGUCUUGAUUUUGAUUGUAAGAAACGGCGACAGGCAAAAGGUUCUCAAAUUACAGAUGAUGAAAUUCGAAGCGCCGAAGAAAAGUUUGCCGAAUCCCUACAGCUGGCACAGGUUGGAAUGUAUAAUCUGUUGGAGAAUGAUGUAGAACAGGUUUCACAACUAGUCACAUUUGCCGAAGGACUACUGGAUUAUCAUUCACAAUGUGCCGAUAUUCUGCGAGUACUUGUCGAAGUGUUGAAUGAAAAACGAGAAGAAGCCGCGAAUCGCCCAAAGGCGGAAUUUGUGCCGAAAACUCUUGCGGAUCUGAACAUCGAAACACUUGGUUCUCAGGAUGGAAUGAAUGGCGGUUCAUCAUCUCGUCUCAAUUCGCCCGUCAAUAAACCGACACAUCUGGAACUUUUGGGUAACGGUCAAGCGCAGGCGCGUUCCACCAAUGCUUCGCCUUUGCCAUCUCCAAUGCGCUCCCCAGCUCGAACACCGAUGCCAGCCAAACCAACACAGCCAUGCUGUACGGCACUUUACGACUUCGAACCAGAGAACCCCGGGGAGUUGGGCUUCAAGGAAAAUGACGUCAUCACACUGAUUCAGCGUGUAGACGAGAACUGGUUCGAGGGCAGUGUGAACGGCAGAACCGGUUACUUCCCGCAGUCGUACGUGCAAGUUACCGUCCCAAUACCCUAAGCCGGUUACGAUUGUAAUACAAAUUACGUAAUGUUGCUGCAAUUGUAAUUCCCACCCUCCCCCAGCGCUCCCUCCAUCCACCACAUCAUAUUGAUUAAUUACUAUUAACUGAGCUACUAUUAAUUGUAACAAGCAAGAUCUAUUAUUAUUACAAUGUUAGUACUAUUACUAUUACUACUACAACAACUACUGUUAAUAUCGCAGCCAGGGUAGAGUUGAAGCAAAAUGCCAGUGACCGUGAAAAACAGAAACACAUUUUUUGUUUGAAAUAGUACAGCAACUACUACCACUACUAAUUCACAACAGCUGGGUAGUUGAUCGCCGAACUAGCUUGUUCGAAUAAUGAGGAACUCAGUUAUGAUCUGGCAAAAUGGUAGAGAUGCAUGCAUCAGCAGGUAAUUAAUUGAUUAUGACUGAGUUAUUAGACGUAAAUGAUGAGACACCGAAUAAAACAUACCAUUACACAACUGAGAUCAGCGUAUCGUCGUUUAUUUUCGGUUGCUGAAAUUAUUGCCACACAGAAAUGGAGCAAAUGAGUUUAUUAGAAAUAGACAAAAAAGCAAGAUAUUGUAACAAGGAGUAGGUAUUUACAGGAGAUCUAUUGUUCAAUUUAAGUGUUCUGUUUUCCUCCUGUGAUGUGGAAGUAAAAUUGAAAGUGCGAAAACUGAAAGUGCAUGCGUAUUCGGGUGAAUCACAGCAUCCGAUAAUCGAAACGGUAAAACAACCUAUUCAUGUAAGAUGUUAACUAUUAUCUAUUGAUAACUCUAACUAGUUUCUAGCAAUGAGAUUUAUGUUGAGUUAACUGCUGAAAAAAAACAAAAUCUUCCGUUCUACCGCAAUGGUUGUAUCCUCAAAAGGGCGCAUUGAUUAGAAUAGUUUACGUGCGUUUGCAGGACUCAAUGAUUUUAAGACAGAUUUUAUUCAUAUUGAAGCAAAUCAUUAGUUUGCAAACGAUCUGUUCCGGUGCGUUUCUUCGUUAUCAGAUUAAUCCCCUUGAUUCGGUGUGUUCGAUCAUAAGAUCAUCAGUAGUGAAACGUUAACGAGUGGGUAGCAGCGUGUCGAGCUUUGAAGUAGUUUCGCAGUAUUAGGGAAUGGAAAUGAAAUUGUUGAUAGUUGAUCUGCGCAUUGUUGAAUACACCGCAGCUUCCGACACACGACACAUUAAAAUUAUGUUUGUUGAACACUUUAGUUGCGUCAUCUGUUUCGUUAGACACGAUUUCACCGGGUUCGGAUUCCGUUUCGUCCGGUUUCGCGAUGAGAUCGACGAUUUAUUUUUCGUGUUAGUCCUAGGUAGGAUCACAUAAUUUCUGUAGCAUGUAAAGAAGUAUUACUGUGUAUAUAAUUUUAAUACUUUAGUUUAAUAAACUGCAAAGGUGCGAAACACCUCGUCAUUAUCGUUAAUUUGAGAUUGAAUUAGGUUUCAUGUA